AUGGUCACGGUGGCUCCUCCAAUGAGGGGUCUGCGUCGACGGCCGCCGCUGUUCUUCGUCGACCGCGUCCAGCCUCGUGCCCAGAAUGCCAUGGUCACGGUGUCUCCUCCAAUGAGGGGUCCGCCUCUCCUCCUGCGGCGAAUGCAAAGUCGACGCUGGCGAGCCUGGCAGUUCGGCCACAUGCCGCUCGCCCUCGAGCUCGGCCGUCGUCGGCGUCGGCGUGGUGGCCCCCUCGAUGGCCGCGGCCUCGCUUCCGCUGCCGCUGCCGCUGCCGCUCGACACAUUUCCGUGUUGCCGUCUGCGGCGGGAGCUACCUGUCAUCCAGCGCAGCGCCCCCGACAUGCCUUUGGGACGCCUGUCGGUGCCGGCCUCGGUCGUCGGUGGCUCGUUCGGGGACGGCAGACGGCUGAUGAUGUUGCUUUCCGAGUCGGCGGCUUGGGUCGGCAGCAUCAUGUCCACGUCGGGCCGGCCGUUUCUGCCGUUCUCCGUCAAUGGUUCCAUCACCACCUCCUCGUUCUUGUCCGUCAUCGUCAUGACGGCCUUGUUCUCUCGCUCGCGCUCCGGGUCUCGCUCCCGCGCCUGCGCCUUCGGUUUGCCCUGCUUCCUGCGCCGGCAGAGCAGAAAGACGACGACGAGAGCGACGACGACGACAAAGGAGACGGAGCCGGCAACGAUGCCGGCCACGGCGGCCGCGGAGAGGCGGCCUUGGUCAACCUGGCUCGCUUGCCCGGCUUGCCCGGCCUGCGCGGUGGGGGCCAUUUUAGGCACGGUCAAAGGAAAGUACUUGAGAACCUUUUGCGCGUCGGCCUCGUCCCCUGCGUCGACGGUCGGCAGCGCCGUCGGCGGCCGCGGGGAGGACACGGACGUCUCGGUCGACGCGUACACGGACGCGACGCCGGCACCGGUGGCCGUGACGAGCACCGUCUUGGUCACCGUCGUCGGCUCCGUCGAGUAGCAUUGGUUCACGGCGCAGCCCAUGCCCGUCGGGCAGCAGCCGUAGCUCGCCGAGGCCGGGCAGAGGUACUGGCCCGUCGGGCAGCCCCGUCGGGACAGCAGCCGCCUGGUUUUGCACGGUCCGUCAUCAUCCGCGUCGCCACGACGGCGCGCAAGACGGGGGGUUUACUCACCUCCGUACACGGCGGCGCAGGGAAACCAGCCGAGCUUGGUGCCGCAGCUCGACGGCCCCCUCGUCUGGGCGAAGCAGCUGUCCCGACCGCAGUCGUAGCCGUCUGGACAGCAAUUCCCUCCGAGGCUGCCGGGACACGACUUCAUGCUCGGGCCGCAGACGCCGCCGUCGUCGUCCCUCCUGCCGAUGGCGGCCGUCUCGUUUCGACCCUGGCAUGGAUUCUCAUCUGCACGCUCAUGUCGGUUCCGAAUCCGCCUCGAGCUCGGGUUGGCGUUUGGAUCUCGAUGGGCAAACUCCGCGGCAAAUGGUGGCGCCCGCCAUCGCCUCAUGUCUCCUCCGUCUUGUCCUUGAACGGCCGUCGGGAUAGUCGGCAUGGAGGUGGUGUCGAGGAUGGACGGCCGCAGCCAACUUGCUUUGGGUGCUACCAAGGUCAAGUGUCGACGUCCUCGCGUACCCUUUCGGCCGAGGUGGAACGGUGGAACGGCGGCGAGCGACUCGCUGCCAAUGCGUGUCCCUCGCGGACGUUUGCUAGCCUUUGGCCUCUUUCCACCGCCUUGACGAGGGCGAAAGCUGGCCUGUGCCGACGUGCGGAGCAGGUGUCGUGGUGGCUCGUGAGCUCGACAAGCCCAGGCCGACGUUGA